AUGGAUACGGUUACUGCAGAUCUUCCUGCGCAGGACAUCUCCGUUCAUGAUUGGCAAAUUCCGCAGAAUUUAGUGUUAGCAGAUCCCCUAUUCAACAAGAGCCAGCAGAUUGACAUGGUACUAGGCGCAAAACAUUUCCAUUCAUUCUUCCCUAGCACAGCUCGUCUCCGGAUGGCCGAUAAUCUUCCGAUUCUGGUGGACAGCGUAUUUGGUUGGGUCGUCACAGGCUCAGCUACCACGACACACCCCGCUCAGCUGCAGUCCUCAAAUCCUAGUAUCGUUGCUGUUUCCAUGCUGACACUGGAGGAGAGUAUGGAACGAUUCUGGAAAACCGAGGAAUUAACCGUUAACAAUAACUACUCCAUCGAAGAGCGCUACUGUGAAGAUUGCUAUCAAUCUACGACAACACGAGACGAGUCGGGGCGCUACAUCGUUCGUCUGCCACGAAAGCCCGACUUUGAUGCUAUGUUAGGAGAAUCUAAAAACUGUGCACUUCGCUGUUUCUCUCAGCUUGAACGGCGACUCGACCGCGAUGAAACAUUGAAGAAGGAAUACCAUAAAUUCAUAAAGGAGUACCUCUCCCUUGGCCAUAUGCGACUGGUCGAGCCGGACGACAGAAAUUACUCCCACACGUUUUAUCUGCCCCACCACCCUGUCCUAAAGGAAGAUAGUACGACUACCAAAAUUAGAGUGGUAUUUAACGGUUCAGCUCGUACUUCGACCGGCUUCUCUCUUAAUGAAGCACUUUGUGUGGGUCCGGUGGUUCAAGAUGACCUCCUUUCAAUUGUUCUUCGGUUCCUCACUUACCCUGUGGCUGUCGUCGGAGACAUAGAAAAAAUGUACAGGCAGACUCUACACCAUCCUGAUGACCUCGCUUUGCUACGCAUUCUGUUCCGGUUUUCGAAGGACGUCCCUGUCCAGACUUACGAGCUUCUAACCGUGACUUACGGUUUAGCUCCAUCAUCCUUUUUGGCUACACGAACCCUUCAAUAA